UAUAAUGGCUUAUUCCAACAAUGAAUCGUUAACUAGAAUUUAGAUCUAGAUCUAGAUCUAGAUAAGAGUCUAGUUAGUCUAGAUCUAACUAUUCAUUAUAUACUGUGACUAGAUCUAGAUCUAUAUCACAAACAUAAAACGAAUUAAUAAUUAAUUAAUUAGUCUAGUGAAGUGCAAUAUUUCAUCGAUGUGAAGAUGACCUCUCAUAGAAGAAAAUCGAUGAAAAUGAAACCUAGUCGUGAUAAGCCUUGUUCCAGUCAGAAAGUAAGAAAAAGAACAAACUGUGCUGUCAUGGAGAAGCAGAGCCUGCCAUUGUCUAACAAGUUUAUUUAUAUGGAUGUAAAGCAUGGCAAGCAGGCAGACUUAAUGGAAGAACAGUUAAAGAAGCUAGGAGCUAAAGUUGAGAAGUUUUUAAGUGGUGAAGUGAACUAUGUAAUAUCAGCCUCUGGACCCACCCAUUGUAAAACCAGUGAGCGACUGAAUGUUUGGGAAGAAAACCCUCAAAGUCCAUCUUUGACUAGUCCUUUUAACUGUGGACCUUCUCCAUCUGGAUGUACAGAUACCAAGAGAGUUGUGGUUUCUAGAGGUAAAGCUCUAGCCCAGAUAGCGUGUGCCAAAAACCAGACAAGUUCUGUCGUUGCAAAUGCUGAAAAACUUGGAAUUAAAGUAAUUUCAUUUGAUGUCGCAACUAAAUGGCUAGAAAAAGAGCUAAAGAAGAUUGAAAAAGAGUUUAAAAAUGAGGGUGUGCUUAAAAAGGUUAGUGAACGUAAGCCAAGAUGCAGCAAGUCUGAAAUAAAGAAAAGAAGGAAAUUGUUGAGGGACAACUAUAUCAAGUUUGAAGCUGUUAAUAAAUGCCAUAGACCAAUAAAAGCAGAAUUUCCACGUUUGCCAAAGCUCAAUUUGUUAUCACCACCUGGUAUUUGUCCUUUUGGUGAAGCUAAAUUAAAGGUACAGCAUCAGUAUCGUCCGCGAAAAGCUGCUCAAGAGAACAGUCAUAAUGCGCGGAUGGAUACAGUUAAAACAUUAGACUCGAACCCUACUAAAUUGGAUGAACCUCGGUUAAUGCAGUCUGUUUCAUUAGUUCCUGAACUUGUUGGUGUGCCCAUUGUAACAGCUGGGGAUGUCAAAUGCAACUUAAACCUGAGAUUGAAAAAAUUAACCCAGAUAAACAAACAGCAGGGUUAUUGUGAUUGUUGUGAGCUGAAAUACAAAGAUUUAGAACAGCAUUUGAUCAGUGAAGAACAUCGUACAUUUGUUAGAGAUAAAAGUAAUUAUGAAAGCCUUGAUGCACUAAUCAGCAAAAUUCCAUCAACUGUUGAGUUCCUGCAGACUGUUUUAAUGAAGCACUGUGUACAGAAGCAGAAAGAUGUUGGCACUGACACAAUGUGCAGUCUUCUGACAAUAGAACCACCAAUUUCACCUUUAACAACAGAAAGAACAGCAAUUUACACUUUAGAAAAAGCCUCACCUUCCCACAAUUCAAUGCCUGUAACAGAUGCUGAACUUGUUUCACAAGUAGAAAAUACUCCUGUAAAAGGAAAAAAUAAUGAAAAAUCUCUUCAAGCUGUUGUUAUUCGUAGACCAAUGCCCAGUGGUAUAUUCACAUCACCUCGCCGAAAACAACCAACACCAAGUAAAAAACCAUGGGUUCAAGAGCGCUCGAUGGUGUUCCGAGAUUCUCCCAUGGCUAGUUUGCAGCCAUCUUGUAGCAGUAGUCCAAGUUUUCUUGCAACAGAUUCUAAUGUGUUUUCCCCUCAACUGUUGAAUGUCAAAUUCCAGCCAAAGAAAACUGUAAGCAGAUCAUUAAUUAACAUAAUAGAUUUUAACCAAAAAACUACCUCUGAUACCACUGAAACUAUCUCUCAAGAUGAAUGCACCCAGGCAAAACUGGAGAAUAAUACAAGUCCUUCUGUGAAACUAGCAAAAGAGGCAAAGUGCAUAUCUAAUUUCAAGCACAACUCAGCAGAUGAAAUUGGUAAAAAUGAAUUGCAUGACGGUACAUGCCAAAAUAAUUCAAUGAAUUGUUUUGAAGAGAAUGAAAGUACAAAUCUAGGUAACAAUACUCUACAUAAAACUCAACUGGAAGACCAUUUAAGUAUACCUGAGCUAAUAUCUGUUAACACUGAAGAUGAUUUGACUGUAGGAAACAACUUGAAAAGACAAAAGUGUAAGAAAAAGAUGCAUAUAAAACGGGACAAAAUAAGAAAUAAAUUGAAAGCGGAAGUUGUAAAAUCUGACAUAAUUGUUCCUUGCAUUGCUGACAGAGUGAAGAAUAGAAGUAGAAAUAAUAGUGAAGUAGCUAAUAUUGUUCAAGAUGACAUUCAUAGUGCUACUGAGAUCCCGCAACUAAUUAGUUCACCUCAAGCGCCAUUGUCAUCACCCAAUAUAAAAACAUGUUCAGAACAACUAAGUAAUAAAAUGAACACAGAUCAAAACCUGGUUUGUAAAAACACUGGUAAUGAAAUAAUUAUGACAACUCCAUUUGAAAUGGAUACAGAAAAAGUAACAUGUCAAAAUAAAAUAGAUGCAAAAAUGGUUGUAGUAUCGUCUUUAAAAUGUAGAAACAAUACAGAAACUAUUGAGACAACUCAACAUAGAUAUAAAGAAGAAAAAUCUAUGCCUAGUCACAAGAAAACUGAAACAGACAAAUCAUGUGUAACCCAGCAUCAAUUGAAAAUAAGAAUUGAUACAUCUGAUGUAACUCCAGUAAAAAAGAACAUUGACUCAAAAAUAUUAGCUGGAUUAAAGCAUGAUUCAGAACUAUCCUAUACCCCUAAGAAAAUUGAACUAACAACUGAGUUUGUGCCAUCAUGUAAGAAGAAUAUUUUUAUGGCAAUACAAUCUUGUAAUGUAGAAACCGCCUGUAAACUUCAAACAACUAAUUGUAGUAAUGUGAAAUCUGUUGAAGCAGAUGAAGCACCUGUGAAGCAUCAAACAGCAUUGCAUAACGAGAGAAUAGAUAUUGGCACUGAUUUAAGUUUUCCUGUUAUGUCUAUUCAGGAGAAGAUUCAUACAUUUAAUGAAAAUACACUUCCGUCACAACAGGAAGAGAAACUGAGUCAUUUAAAAGAGCAGGUUCCUUUUAAUCAGUUUGUGCAUAACAAAAAUGGAAGUCAUUGUCUCUAUCCAUCUGUUACAAUGUGUCAUUUGAAUAUUUCAUCAAUGAAACCCAAAAAAUGUUCAUACUUAGAAAAGUUAAAAAAGAAGCACUGCGUCGAGGUUGGACUAGAUUCUCCUAACCAAUUGUCUAAUAGACAAUUAACUAAAAAGAUGGAAGGUGCACUGAAAGAAAUUGUAACCCCUUCAAAAACUAGUUUGAAAGCAGUAGAGGUGAAGCAUAAAGAAGACAAAAAGAGUAACAAGACAAUUUGUGAAACUGAGUUAUGUACAGUUAAAAUGUUUCCAGUUCCAAACAUUGCUGACUGUGUCAAAACUCGAUGUCGUAAGCAAACUACUGAUAUAUUUAAAUACAAUGAAGAAAACAACAAAAAAACUGAGAAUCAAAAAGAAGAGAAACAUUCCUCUCUUAACUUCAGUAGACCAGACCUUGAAGCCAAAUCUAAGAAAAACAAUAUUGAAAAAACAGAAGAGGAAACCCUUACAGUUGUGCCAAACAUUGCUGAGUGUGUUAAAAAGAGACGUUCUUGUACUAUGUUCAAUCAUGAAGGGCAGUAUACUUUAAACAGCUUGUUCAGAGAACUAAGCAGCAGCUCUAAAAAGUCUACUAAAACCAAGCGGGGUGUAAAUCUCUCAAGCUCUGGAAAUGUCAAUUCUGAGGCUGAAGACAGUGAAAUUAGUUGUAAUCGUGGUAGUGCAGUAGUUAUUAGAAGGAAGAAUCAAAAACAACUGAUUGAUAGACGUCCUGUCAGCAGAGAUUGGUCAAUCGUUGAAGCAGAUAGUUCAGAGCAUUCUUCUUCAUUAGUACACAAUGAAAAUAAUGUAUCUAGUCAGCAGAUUUCAACAGAUAUAGAUAGGCCUAUUUCAGCUAUGUCAUCAGAGAAUAGUAUUCUAAAAGAUAAUCAUGCUCAUGCAAAUUCAGUUGAAAAGACAAAAGUUAAAAUUUGUGAAGGUACUUCCAGUAGUCCUGGGAUUAAAAUGAAGAUAAAACGGCAUUUUAACAAUAUGUUCUCAUCUUUUUUAGAAGAUGAUAAUUUUUCUCCUACUGGUGCUGCUGUAAAACGUAGAAAAUUGGAACAUAUAGAAAGUAAACAUGAAACUGAAAUAAGCAUUUCAAGUUUAAACAGCAUAUCUCUAAGCUUAGCAAAUCGAGCUCCUAGUCCAAGAUUUUCCUCCCCUAAAGAAAACAAGUUUGUUAAGGCAGCAGUUGAAAAUGUGCCAUAUGUGUCCUUGCUUAGGUCACCAUCACCUGUAUUCACUAUGCCACAGCACUCGAAUAAUCCUCAGCCAACAAACAAACACAACACGAGUUCUAACAUUUUUAAUAAUCUGAAAUCAGCAUAUGAUUCCAGAGGGGAAAUAGAUUCUUCUAAAAUGCAAGCUAUGCCUCUAAGCAAAUUACCUAUUAACAAUGUUGGACAAAUACAUACCAAUACCAUUGUCAAGUGUAGAUCUCUGUCUCCUGAAAGAAUACACAAUUCCCAGCUCGACUCACCUUAUAGUAAUUCAAGCAUCCAGGAUACUGAAGAAGCUUUAGAAAUAAGUAGUACAGAGCACAGUGAUAGUAGUUCAGUUGACUUACUAACUGAUUCCACUUCUUCUUCUGAAACUUCAUGGGAUUCUUCAAACCAUUGAAAAGUCUGUUGAUCUGUUACUUGUAAAUAUGAAUGAAAUAUAGCUCAGAGACUUAUACUUUUUGAGCUCAAUUAAAUUAAAUGUUUGACUGUUGGUUAACUAGUUUUAACCUAUGUAUUGUAAGCAUCUGUUACAUGUACAUUGUACAUUUCUUAGAAGUCAAUAUUUAAAACAAAUGUGUUUGAAUAGGCAGAAUAUACUUUUUAUAUUUAAUGGACUGAAUAGUUUUAAGUGUAAAAUAUUGUGACAUUGUUAAUGUCAGCUUGUUGGUAUUUUUUAUUGUUUGUAAUUUUACCUUGUGUAAUAAUAAAUUCUUGAUUCUAAAAGUUUUGACACUUAUUUUAAUUUAAAAUAAUGGGAACUCUACUGUAUUAUACAUCAAGCAUAUGGGCUUGUUUUUCUACUCAGGGCUUAAUUUCCAUUGGUCAGAAGUUUUAAUAAUAACAUUUUAUAGAUGUUAUGUAUUAAA